GCGUUACGUCAUUCCAUGAUGGCUGAAGAUCCUGGCGGAACAUUUUUCAAUUUCUCUGUCAUUUUUCCUUUUUUCUCUCUACCUCAGCUUGCCAUAGAGACAUGGCAGGGCCCACAGCUCCGUUAAGCGUCCGUAAACCACUGGUGUCGAUAUGCCCAAGAAAGGAAACAGAAAACGGCUGAAAUUCAGGGCGGGGGACGUUUGUUCGGAAUCAGUGUCUGUUGCUGACUAUGCUGAUGCUGACCCAGCUGUUGUGAAGUCAGGGAGGGUGAAAAAGGCUGUUGCCAAUGCACUUGAAAAAGAAGUAAAAUUACUCCGCGGCCUGGAAGCAUCUCAGGGCAUUGUUGAGGAAGUCCUCUCUUCUGCAAUGACAGUCAAAACAGACACUUUAGACAGCAGUGAUGACAUAGACCCCGAGGAAGAUGGAGAGAAUGAAACUAAGGUGCUACCCAAGAAGAAAAACAAGAGAAGAAAAGAAUGCAGUGAGAGUAGUGAUGGGCAGGAGUAUCCAGUGGACAUUUGGUUACUGCUCUCUUCCUAUAUUCGUCCUGAGGAUGUGUGCACAUUUGCUUUAAUCUGUAGAAAUGCCUGGACAGUCACCUGCACUGCAGUUUUUUGGACCAGGCUGUAUAGAAGACACUACAGCAGCGACGUCGAUCUGCCAUUUCGUCUCCAGUCUGAUUCUAUUCAUAUGAUGCAUUGUUUACGGGCUCGUGUGAUUCGCUCUCUUUUCCACUUGUAUGAGCCGUUCAGCUUGCGUGUCUCAAAAGUUCCUGCCAUGCCAGAAUCCACACCUACAACCUUGCAAAACUCCAAGUGUUUACUAUUCUGGGUCAAAAGAGUCUCAGGAACUCGACCAGAGGGAUUGUGGGAGUUCAGCUUCAAGUUUGUGAAACAGCAGGGACCCAAAAAGAAUGGUUGUGCAAAGUCCUUGCAUAUGCCCAAACAAUAUGAAGAUGUCCACAAAAACCCUGAUUCUGACUGCUAUGUACUUCAGAUCACCACCCUCAACUUCAUCUUCACCCCUGUGGUCAUGGGCAUGACACUGACUCUGUUCACAAUCAACGUCAGCACAGAUAUGCGCCACCACCGUGUUCGCCUGGUGUUCCAGGACUCGCCUCUCCAGCGUGGAAAGAAGAGGGGCGAUCAGGGUGGGACCCAGGUUGUGUUGGAUCCUGUACACAGUGUGAGGCUCAUGGACUGGUGGCAUCCACAGUACCCCUAUGUGUCACUCACUUAGAAAUCCUUCUCCCUCGGUUUCUGCUGCAUCAGGGCAUUCUGUCAAGAACCGUGCUUUUAUUUUAUCCCUCUCACCAAAAGAAAAAUGAUAGUGGAUGACUCUUGACAAAUCUGGGAUUUUGUUCAACAAUACCGUUUGCACAUUCACAUUUCAGAAAGACGAUGCAACAGAAAUCAAGCAGCUACUGACAGAAAAUAGGUUAUGAAACCUUUUUUCCCCACUGUCAUAGACAACCCUGGGCAUACAUUGUUCUGGUCUUCAGACACUUGAAUAGUUUUAAUGCAGAAUCGACACAAAUGAACAUUGUUACUUAAGAGACCGGGUUUGUUUUGUUUUUAGAAAUUCUCUAAUACUCAUUUAGUAAGUGUAGCAGUCCCUACUCUCUUUCCACCCUUCUUGACUUCAGCAGUCUUUGUUAAAGCCCAUGAAAUAUGUGCAAGUUAUACAUAAGAGAGUGAAUGUUAUGAUAACUUACUCAUCUAAAACAACUUGUUUUGUCUGUUAUAUGGAAAACACCCAUUUAACAGAUUGUGUGUUUCUACUUCUAAGAAGUUGCUACAGAAAGCAAGUCAAAUUGGAUAUUUUUCUAUGUAAGUCAAGACAGUCUGACUUAGUAUUAUGCGAAUAUUAAUGACUCUGCUCUUCACUGAAGAGGCCAAAGAAAUAUUUUGCCUCAGAUGUCAUCUGCUGGUUUGGACACUGCUUCCUGCCUAAAACAUUGUUUUUGUCUCCUUGUUGUUUAUGUAAUCCCCAAACCUUACUGCCACCUGUAGAAUUUAAUCAUUGAAUGGCUCAAACUAUUCCAAUGUGUAUGUCCAGUGUAUAUUGAAUGUGAGUAGAAUCAUAAAAGUUCAGUAUACUUAAUUAUGAUUGUGGAGGAUUCACCACUAAGGAUGAUUUAUUGUAGCUGGAUCUUUUACAUGUAUUGAAGGGAGGGGGGAAAAGUGAAGGCAUACAGGUAAUACUUCUACCAACCAAAUGUUGAUGAUAGUACCCAUAGCAGAGAACGGGUGGCUGUUCCCUUUAGCAGAAGUUGAUUGUUUUAGGGGCAGUCUGGUUUCAUCAUGUGGUAGACGAAGUUGCUGCGCUGAAAUUAAAGUAAAACUGCCCACAGAA